AUGAUAGAUCAAAGUAAUCGCGCCGGUCGUCCGAAUGGCGUCAAUGUUUUCAAAAACAGGAGAAGGAAAAGCAGCGGACAAAGCCCUGAUUUAUUGGGUGUUGGUCACACCUAUAGCCCGGAUAGCAAUCAGCUAAGCGCGGCAGCUGCAGCCGGCUAUCCAACUCAAGCGAUGUUUCCUACUAAUCCAUAUGCUGCUGGUAUCACACAUCCAGCAUUCACCAAUCCGGCCGCAUUAACGAGCCAUAUGUUUAUGCCGGGACCGAUGGGGCCUAUGAUGACACCGUAUAAUACAGCGCAAACGCAGAUGGGUGCAAACGUAUGGAUGGAAUCACUAAUGCCCGGGCAUAUGUCGAUGGAUGCAUAG